AAGACCCUCCUCACAGAGCUACAAUUCCCAGCACCCUUUGCAAAUGACAGUUCCCAGGAUUAUUGGGGAGAUUUUGCUGUUAAAGCAGUAUAAGAGUGCUUUAAAUGUGUUGGUGUCCGUUUACAAGUCAAAAGUCAGUCCUCCGAUCAACUGUAGCAACAUCACUCUGGCAAUAUCAGUAGCCGCGUUGGAAUCUCCCAGAGAGGGUUUGUUUUUAAUGAGAGGCAGUUAAUUCUGAGCCUCUCAAGACAAAGAGAACUUUCUGGAAGGAAAGCUUUCAGCUGCCUGCCUGCUUCCUUGCGGCCUGCCAGGAGCCGGGAGAGACGAGCUUAAAUCGGCAGUGAGCUUCGCCACACCUUAGUUGCUGAGAAGAUGACAUGGAUUGACCAAGGAACAUGACAUUUGUAUCUUCUGACAUUCGGCACAGUGGAGCUUGAUUGAUCAGGCUUAACAUGGGAACAGGUGCCUCCAUUUCUAUCUGUCAGUCGUUAUCCUCUGUAGAAAUUAAGUACUGUAGAAAUAAAGUUGGACCACAACCUCAGGGAACUUUUGGCAUUCCUCUUGACUACUUUGCCCAAGAGGAAACUCAAUUUCCUGUUCCUUCCGUUGUCAAGCACUUGGUGGAAUAUUUAGAAGAGUUUGGUCUGAAUCACAAAGGCCUAUUUCGGAUCUGUGGCUCAGUGACCAAAAUCAAAGCGCUGAAGGAGAAGUAUGACCAAGGAGAAGAGGUGGAUCUUGUUAACGAAGGAGAUGUCAAUUCCAUUGCCAGCCUGCUUAAACUCUUCCUGAAUGAGCUCCCAGUCGCUGUUAUCCCUGACUAUCUGUGCGCCAAUAUUUUAGCUACUUUUGAAGAUAAUAAAAGCGACAUGGCAGACCGCCCAGGAUGCACCCUAAGAAGGCUAUUAAGCAGCCUACCGAAAGCCCACUAUAGCCUUUUCCAUUUCCUUAUUAGAUUUCUGGUCAAAGUGGCAGCACAUAGUGAUGAGAACCACAUGACAAUGGAGAACCUUGCCAAUGUUUUUGGCCCCACCCUUUUCCGAAUUCCUUGCAGCCCCUCAGCUCAUAAAAAACAAGCAGUAUGCAAUGGCAUUCUCCUAUAUAUUCUUCAGCACCAUGCGAGGAUAUUUGUGGUCUGCCCUGACACUCAUUUCUCACUGACAGAGGCAGGUGACCCCCAGAUGGAGAUAUGUGUGCUGUAACUUCUGGAAAAAACUGUGAGUAAAAUAUUCAAUAAUUUGCAAAGCUAAGUGUGAUUUAGUCUAGCCUAAGUAGUUUUGUAGGGAAUGUUAGUUUAAAGGUAAAUGAGGGCAGAUGCAAAAUCUAACCAAGUUUUAAUGUGCAUGGACCAAUCACCAUUGUACUAACUCCUCUAUGGGAGAGUAAGCAUCUCUCUUCCAUAACAUACAGACAUUCAAUAGGAGGACUGUCUGUCAAGACCAAAUCCAUGUAGAGCAUGUAGAGAACAUAGGCUGCAUACACACUAUACAGUGGUACCUUGGGUUACAGACGCUUCAGGUUACAGACUCCACUAACCCAGAAAUAGUACCUUAACCCGAGGUACCACUGUACGUUUAAAACAAACUCAAAGCACACUGUUGUUUGUUAAAUAUAGCUGGGAAUUGCAAACAGUACCCAGAAUUCUCUGGGGGAAUGAAUGUGCUUUAAAUGUGCCUUAAAGGUAUAUAGCGCAUACACAAUCAUAGAUGGCUGGUUCAUAUGUAAUGCUAGAAUAUAGAAUAUAGCCCUAGAUGCCUAAACUAGCAUAAGCCUGAGCAAAGUCAGAGGCUUCUAAGUUCCUUCUCCCUUGUGUGUGGGCUGGAGGAGGAUUUCUGCAAUAUUUUGUCCACCCCACCCCCCCAAAAUCUUGGCUUAGUCUUGCCUACAAAUCAGAGCUUGUGGUUUAAAGCAAACUCUGGCCAGUUUCUUUAAAAAAACAACUUCAAGGCAUGCAUUAUGAAGCUGGUUUGUUGAACUAGCCAGUGUUUGUUUUAAACCACAAGCUCUGGUGUGUGAUGCUAUGCCAGAAUUCUUUGAAAGUGAAACUAAAUGCUGCAUAACUCCUUCUCCUGCUGUGCCCCCUCUUUUUCUUCCAGCAUCCUCCUCCCCACCCCCACCCCCGGAUCCUUGUCCACCAUUACUGAUCUUUUCAUUGUGGAAUCUCCCAGGAAUUUCCAAGGAAACAUGGUGUUUGCUUGGUUACAUUUUGGAAAAUACUGAUUUACAUUACCUCAGUAAUCCUCCCCCAAACGCUGCCAGUUUAAUUUGAAGCAAGUCAAAAUCCAUCAGAAGAAGAAGAAGAAGAAAUGGAAUGAGAAGGGCUAUCACAAAUGUUUUAACUGCUAAUAAAUGCCCAGAGGAGUUGUACACCUAUUACGUUUUACCUCUCGAUUGCUGUACCAAUAAAGCUCAUACCUCGAUAGCGGGGAAGGGGAGGGAAACUGUAGCCCUUCAGAUGCUCUUGAACUACAACUCCCAUCAGCCCCAAUCAGCAUAGACAAUGGUUCAGGGAUGAUGGGAAUUUUAGUCCAGCAACUUCUGGGGGAAGGCAUAUGUUCUCCAUCCAUGCUCUUCCAGUAACUACCGUAACUACCUAAGCCUACAAUCCUAAAUUCCCAAUCUUUGGUAAUAAAUCUGGGUGAAAAAACUGAGUAAACAUGGAAAGGUUGAGGCUUCGUGGUACAGCUGAAGACAUUCUCCUGCCUGAAGCAAGGAUGGUGGCACCCCAUUGAAAGCAGAGAAGCUGACCGGAUUGGCAGUUGAAUCUUCUCCGACUACUGGAAAUAGGACAGCACCCUCCACCCCACAAGGUCAGUAGGCUACCUUAUGGUAUAGGGUUGGCCAUGUGGCACACGGAGCUCUAGUCUGCAGCACCUUACUGCUACCCCCUGAGCCCCAGCUACAAAAUCUGUGGCCCGAAACUACCACCUCACCUUGUGCCAUGGUAGGGCUUCUCUUAUCCCAGAAAGUGGCUGCAGCAGGCCUACAGCAUAGCAUAGUGACACAUAGAAAUGAUCUCACAAUUGGAAACAAACUUUGUUAUGGGCAACUAGUCAGUAUAGUCUGCAUUAGGGAUGGGGGGGGGAAAUUUGAUUCAGUUUACAUUUAAAAGUGAGUUUAUCAAAUCAUGUAACCACACUUCAAUAUUCACCCUUAACCUGAAUUUUGUGGUGCCCUCUAACCAAGCCAUGUUUACAAAAAUACAUGUCUUAGGGGGUAAUUUGCAUAAAAAUGAAUAUGCUACUUAAAAUAACAUGCAAAAAUGCAUUUUAUUAAGAGAAAUUGUUUGCAAGGAAUGUGUCCACUACUUAAAAAUGUAUAUAAAAUGUGUUUAUUUGGAGAAAUUCACAGUGUAAUGCUGAAUAAUUUUCAUGAUACACUUUCUCCCCCAUGAUACUCUUAAAAAAAACCACACCCACAAAUUGCUGUAGCAAUGUGGAGAAGUGGGAAGUAUUGUGGAAAUUUAAGAUGGGAAAAUGAAAAAGUUAAGAGAAUUGAAACUGACAAUUCCUUCCAUUCAUAGUCUGCAUUCCUUAAGGGGCAGACAACAAGCUAAAGAACCUCCUAUUUUAAUAAGAGGAAUAUUUCUCUUAAGAUUGUGGUGAUGAAUUUUUUUCUUUUUGAACAUCUUUGAUAUAUUUUCCAGGGGCAUGACUAUGGCUUGGUGAUAUAGCAGGUGGUUUGCCUGAAGAGCGUCUCAGGUUCAGUCCAUGGUACCCCAAUUUAAAAUGAAAUAGCAGAACUGGGAAAUACCUUUGCUGGCUGAGAGCAUGGACACCAUUUAAAGACACAGUAGAGAGCACUGGGCGAGACCAGGGGUGAGGAACCAUGUCCCACCACAUGUUGCUGAACUGCAACUCCCAUCAUCCCUGGCCAUUGGGCAUGCUUGCUGGGGCUGAUGGGAAUUGUAGUUCAGAAACGACAGGUCCCUCAACCCUGGUCUAGACAGACCAGUGACCUACUUUGGUAUAUGGCUAGUUCUUAUUUUGUUGUGAGUCUGAGUCCUUUUCAGGCAUUACAUCUAGGUGUUAUUUAAACAUGUGGGGGGCAGUGGGAGUGAGUUCACUAUCUCAGCCCCCUUGUUGCUAACCCUUCCAACUUGUGGUAGGUGAACGUCUGCAGUGGGGAGCCCCAAUUUGCCAUGGUUCUAAAAUGCAUGGGGAGCAUCCAUAGGUACAAAAGCUUCCCUGCAGCAGAAAUUCAUCUUUCUCAGUUUGAUAGGUGACAGAAAUGUCAAUGGGGAUGUUGUUGGCAGACAUAUUCCCUCUGCUCCUCUCACACUUACAACCUGAAGUAUUACUUCUGUUAUACUGAUUUCCAUAAAUGUUUCUCUCCCUGAAUUAGGUCUUAAAGGUAAGCAUCACAUGAUGAUUAGUGAGGCAGCAAAUGAAUGUCAGUGGCUCUCUGGGUGUGGAAUUAUUUCCUCAAUAGGUAAUCGGUUUACAGAGUUGGGUGCAUGUGUCUGAGAUCUUCUCUCUCUCUCUCUCUCUCUCUCUCUCUCUCUCUCUCUCUCUCUCUGUGUGUGUGUGUGU